AUGCCGAUUUUAUACAGCGUUGUGUUUCGUGGCACAACGGUUUUAGCCAAAUAUGCCUCAUGUACUGGUAAUUUUGCACAAGUCACCGAAGAAAUCAUGGUCAAAAUUCCAGCCCAUGAUAAAUUGACCUUUUCUCAUACCAAUUAUCUGUUUCACUACAUCUGCAAGAACAGGAUCAUUUAUAUGUGCCUCACGAACAAUAAGUUUGAAAGAGCAAGAGCCUUCCUAUUUCUAAACGAAAUCAAAAGAAGAUCCUUAGAAACUAUUGAAAAUGCAAUAGCCUAUAUUAUGAUAAACAGUGAUUUUUCAAAAGUUUUGGCAGCAGAAAUGAAGCACUUUUUAGAAUCUCGAGAAAUAGGCAAAGUUAAUGGACAGUUAGAUGAACUUAAUAACAGAUUUGAAGAAACUGCAUUACCUGCUCCAGAAAUCAGAGAACCAGCACAGACGAGGAAGCCAAGUAUUAGUUCGGAAAUUGAUUUAGAUGAAUUUCUCACUGAUCCACGUCUAGCUGAAGACAUUUUAUUGGAACGCCCACCUGGUUGGCAGCCAGCACGGCGUCCCAGAGCAAGAAGGCGUGUAAAAUUCGAUAAAAAAAUUUCAAUCGAUGACUGGCAUUCACCAGAGCGUCUUAGCCACAUAUUACAGCCUAGAUUAGAUCCAGAUGAAAUGCUCCCUCGUCCACGGCAGCAGGGGUUUUUCAGCAGAAUUCCUGACGCUUGGGGGAAGAACGAUAGGAAUUACUAGUAAAUAAAACUGACAAUCUGGGCAAUAACUCUGUUACAUUUCGCAAAACUUCAAGAAACCUGGCAAGAGCUAUGUUUUGGAGAAAAAUAAAAAUAUACUUGGUAAUUGCUGGAGUUCUAAUUCUUGGGACCUAUCUAAUCGGGUCCUUGUGACUUGCCUGGAA